AUGAUUCCUUUGUAUAUAAAUUAUGGGUACCAACAAGAUGCUAAUAUUGUGAACAUACCAAAAUAGAUUUAUUUGUUCUAAAAUGAUAAGUAUUUAUUGAAUUUAUGUAAGUCCCAAUAUGAGAUAAAUACAAAGGUACUACUAGAUAAUAGAAAAAUUUCUGAAGGCUCUACACAAUUUAUAGAAUGCUUAAAACUAACCUAACUUUUCUCUUAAAUAUCCUAUUGUAAUACAAAUUACUUUUAAUAACUUUAUGGUACAUUCUAUCUAUUAAAUAGGUUCAUUUGGGAAAAACAAAAACAGAUAUAUUUAGUAAAAAUGAGUGUAUCUUUUAAACUUCAAAUUUGAUUGUUCCAUCUUAUCAUACAUAAGAAAUUCCUUCAUAUCCUAAGAUAUAACUACCUAUUCAAAAGAAAAGAUAGAUAAAUUUUAUGUAAGAUUAAAAAGACUCAAAGAAUAUACCUAAGAAUUACUGUAAAAGCAUAAUAACUUUUGCUUGUAAGAAUCAAUAAAAUUUAUGCUUCAAAAUUUUAAAAGACUAAUUGAAGGUUGUCAAAUUUUUAGAUAAGAUUUCCCAGUAUAAAAAAUAAUUACUAAAUAUUAAGAUUUUUAGUACUUUAUUAUAAAAAUCAGAUGAUCCUGAGGAAGAAGAAUAUAGAAGAGCAUUCAGAAUAAUUAGGUAUGAUUGUAGAUAUAUUAGUAGUCAAAUUUUUAUUAAGAAAUAGGCUAUAAAUUAUAUAUUUAAUUCGAAAAUUGUUUAACAUAAUUGGCAUAUGAGAUAUAGAUUAUAAAUUUACAAGGGAGUAAAGAAUCCUGAUAAUUUUUCUCACAUUAAGAAUUUAUGA